AUGACGGUAAUAACGUCAUUGGAGGAAAAUGUUAAUAUUCCAGUGACUUUGGAUGCCUUAUUUGCUCGAUUUAUCGUAUGUGCACCACGUGCGAAAGCUCCAAAAUCGGACGAUUUUAAACCAAUAUGUCUUGAUAUUCCAUCAUUAAUGCAUUUUUUAUUUGCAGUUUAUGCGUUACAUCGUGAAUGUCGACGCUAUGAAUAUAGUGCAGAAGCAAAGGAAGCAAUACGUUUCAAAUUCAAUCAAUUUUCUGAUAUAAUAAAUGCAGUUAACUCUGCUAAUGAUACAUUUUUGGCGAAUGUUUAUGGCAAAUCACAAAUUAUAGUCGAUCGUUUGGCAGGAGUACUUCAUGUUGCGCUUGUGGCUUCCAAAGUUCUAUGUAAUUGUCAGCCACCAAUUGUGUAUAAUGUAUUUAGUAAAGAGACAAGGCAACAAAUAGCUAGUGAAGCCAAAAAACUGGUGAGAGAAGAAAAAGAUAUCUUUAUUAUUCACAAAACAACAGCGGAAAAGGCAAUAAAAUUGAUUGAUUAUUAUAUUAGUCAGAAAAAAGCUUUAUGUGGAUAUUCAACAACGACAGAUUUAAAUGAAAUACAACAAGAAAUUAGAAGCAAUGAUUCUGAAGAAAGUGGCACAAUUACAAAAAGAAGUUUAGAAAAUGCUAUGGCACUAGUAUUAAUAACACCAGGAAAGCAAGUUUCACUUACUGAGCUGGUCAAACACAGAAAAUAUCCAACUAAAACUUUUGCAGCAGCCCUUGAAGAAUUAGAAAAAUUGAACAUAGGUAAAGUUGUGAAAAAGAGAAAUUCACGUGGAUCACCAUCAAUAGUUUUUCAUAAGCAUGACGUUGAUCGAAAAAAUGCAGCAAAAUUAUUGGAAUUAGAGAACAAAUUAAAAUCACUUAAAAUAACAACCUAUGAGUAUCUACGGACGUUUGAAAAUUCCAAACUUGAAAGUAAUGCAUCAACUGCUGAUCAGGACGUUGAUGAAAAUAGAGAAAAUAUGGAAAUUGGCAGUCAGUCACUUUUCCAGCGCGGACAGCGACGUACAACAAAUCGACCGUUGGCAGCACUCACAACUCAAAUUGUACGGGUUACUAGUCAUUCCAAUCGAGCACAGAAUGAGAUAUCCAGAAUGAGUUUUGGUAGUGAUUCAUUUAGUGAUGAUCAACAAGAUAGCGUUGUGUUAGCAUCAGGAAUCGUAAGUUUAAUCCACAAGGAGAACUCUCCUUCUGUUCUUUCACAAAUCUUUAUUUUUAGACUUCACCGAAUUAGUUGAAAAGGCGGCGCAACUCGCAAACCAAUAAAACUUUCGCAGACUACUCUGAUUGUUUCUUUUCUUUAUUAUAUACCUUUUGCUUCGUUAAAAUUUUCC